AUGUCUUCAACGAGCGACCUCAACCCUUCUAAACUCGGCACCAAGCAACACUGGGAUGAUGUCUAUGCGACCGAGUUGACCAAUUUCAAGGAGAUCGGUGACGAAGGAGAAGUCUGGUAUCAUGUGUCGGAUGCAUAUUUUAUCAGGUUUGGCGAAGAUAGUGUGGAGAAGAUGGCCGACUGGGCACAGGACUACAUCGCGAAAGAUCCGGCUCCCUUAAUCCUCGAAGUCGGUGCAGGCAAUGGCAUCCUGCUCUUUACCCUUCAGGAAGCAGGGUACAACGGCAGUCACAUCCUUGGUAUCGACUACAGCGAGGACGCCGUGAAGCUUGCCCGUGCUGUUGGCGCGCAUCGAGGCGACGGGUGCGAGAAUGUCAGGUUCGAGACAUGCGACUUCCUGAAGGACUUCCCUGCUCCCCUAGUGGAUAUAGAGAAGGUGGGGUGGGACCUUGUAUUGGACAAGGGUACGUUCGAUGCGAUUGCGCUUGGGGAGAAGGAUGUCGAAGGGAGAUCGCCUGCCGACGGCUACCCAUCGCGGAUAGGGCAAGUGGUCAAGCCUGGUGGAUAUUUCCUCAUUACAUCGUGCAACUUCACCGAAGACGAACUGAAGGCGAAGUUUACCACUACAGGAACGGGUUUGCGGUAUCACUCACGCGUGCCCUGGCCGACGUUCUCGUUCGGAGGACAGAGUGGAAACGUCUAUGCCACCGUCGCAUUCCAGAAGCCAUCAUAA